CCUACAUACCUUUCUACUUUCAGUUCCCCCAAGCCUUGUUUGAUCUUUUGCUUGGCAUUCGUACUCUAGAGCAGACGUCGGCCUUCUCAUCAUGCCUAAGCAAAUCCACGAGAUUAAGGAUUUCCUCCUUACUGCAAGAAGGAAGGAUGCAAGGUCAGUGAAAAUCAAGAGGAGUCGAGAUGUUGUCAAAUUCAAGGUCCGAUGCUCCAAGUAUUUGUACACACUUUGUGUGUUUGACCCAGAGAAGGCUGAUAAGUUGAAGCAAUCACUUCCUCCGGGUUUGAGCGUUCAAGAUCUGUGAGAGCUAUGGAAGAGCAAACGGUUUUUUUUGUUUCUUAUGUUUUAUUUUGGUGUUGGUUUCUUAGUUAUUCUCUAGUGCCUUGUAUCAAGAGAAUGGUUUGCUGCCAUGUUUGGAUGGUGUAUUUUUGUCUUUAAACAUGAUUUUGUGGGCCGCUUAUUUGGAAAAGGAAUGAAAUUUCGUUUUGUCUGGAUA